AUGCUAUGGAGCAUAGAGAGUAGCAACAACACAGAUCAAGAGACCUCCAUUCUUGGAGACUUCAAUGUUCAUUACAAGCUCUGUGUUUCCUCUCCCCUCACUGACCAUCCUGGCGAACUAGCCUUCAACUUUGUUAUCCUCCACGACCUAGAGCAAUUGGUGCAACAGCCUACUCGUAUUCCUGACCGUCUUGGAGAGUCGCAGAUAAUUCGUGUUGGUGUUGUAACACAUUCGUCUAGUGUUCGCAACGCGUUCGCAACGCAUUCGCAGUGCAUUCACAGUGGGAUCGCAGCACGUUUGUCAAGCAUGAGAGUUACAACACAUUCGCAGCGGAAUCGUCAUCAAAAUUCGCCAAUGUGUGAACGGGGCUUCAGCUCUCCUUUCCAUCUACCAUGGGGCUUUCUUUGGGUGUACGUGAUAAUCGUGUUGGAGGCGUACAGUGCAAAACUGGUUGCCUUUCUUACUGUGAAAAGAUUCCCCGAGGGGAUCAACACACUUGAGGAACUCUACCACUCCUCUCUCCCCGUGUAUGGCCAAACCCCGUGGUGGGUCGACAGUCUGACAGCUGCAAAAAAUGUUUAUGCAAGGAAGCUGGUUUCUCAGUACAGCACACUGACGGACUUUGGAGACAUUUAUAAACACCUUGUUAGUGGCCAAGGUGUGUAUAUUGCUUCGUCCAACAACUUGAUUUACACCAUAUCUCUAUUCGCCAACAACGGCAAUCCCACCAUGAGGAUGAUGAAGGAGUGCUUCCAGCCAUACAACACGGCGAUGGGUGUGCAAAGCCACUCUCCACUCAAGAGGAGCCUGGACCAAGCCGUGACCUGGGUGGUACAGGCCGGCCUCACCAUUCCUUGGGUUCGAGAGACGCUGCUCAUUGUUAGGCAGGAAAGGAUAGCAUCAUCCAAUGGCUUGGCAGACGCCGCUGUUCCCGAGAGCGAUAGUGGUGUCUCAUUCAGCCUGGAACACUUGCAGGGCGUGUUCAUCAUGUUUGGCGCCGGGUGUGGCCUGUCAUUGGUUGUGUUCGCUUCUGAAUUUCUCCUUUAGGGAAGCUCAUAGGCCAAGCGUCUACCAUCCUCCUCGCAUUGAGCUUGUAUCAUUCAAUGAUUAGUUCAGGACACGACGUUCUGAGGAUAAUGAUGUCUUGUUUUCCAACAAACUUUUUCUUAUUAUUAAGAUAUUUAUCUGGAAAACGAGUGUUUAGCCUUUGAUAUAUUUGUAAAUUUUGGAGGAAGGAGUAGGUAAAUCUUAUGAUUCUCAGUGCCUCAAAAGCUUUGCUACUACUCAUAAUUUUUUAUAUGAUUCUUCUUUAAUACUGCUCAACUGUCCUGCUGUUCCAAAUUGGGUCAUAUUAGGCAUUCCUUUAUUAGAAUAUAACCUGAAAACUGAGUGAUUUAUGUAAUUCUCAACUUCUGUUAUUCUAUGUGCGUUCCGCUCUCAGACAGGCACUGAAUCUAUACAUAUAUGGGCUUUGUUUUGCUUUAUUUUGUUGUAUUUUUUUAUUUUAUUUACUGUCUUCUGCAUCCCUGAUUUCCAUGAUCAUAUUCAUUAUUAUCAUGUUUCCUGGACACUGUAUGUAUGUGUCUUUUUCUUAUUUUCCUUUUACCCAAAGAACAAGUUGUAUGAACAUUCUAGUGUUUGUGCUGAAAUUGA